GCCGUGCAACAACGACCUCGACUCAACACACCAACUACUCGACAGACGCGGAAGAUGGCUGGCAACGAACACCACACUGAGCUCUGGACCGAGCCAGGAGGUUCAGCACGCGUUGAGACGCCUACCAAUGACGAAGCUAUCACUUCUCGUAACCAGAACCCUGAAAAGCGCAAGAUUCAUGCAAACCUGAGCGCGAGCCUGGCAGAGGCAUACAACAACAAGCGAAAGGCCAUGGCUAAUCAACAAGCUAUUGAUGACAGCGCUGAGCGUGUGUCCGAUCCUCCUCAAGCAAAGGUGCCAUCACAGACCAAGAAAUUACAGGCCAAGAACGCCGCAGUAUCUGACUGGUUGCGAGAGCAGUCAACCGGGUCUUCUGUAGCUUCAAGUCAACAACCAGAGACGCAAGGCUUCUUGCAACCUGAGCGCUUGAACCGAGACUAUUACGGAAGUCAGCAGUUACGACAGCAUUUCGGACCGCCUCCAAGCGUCUUUCUCGCUCCAGCAACAUCUGCUGCAUUCUUGCCGUCUCAGUGGAGCCUUCAAAUGCCAACACUACUUCCUCCAGCUGCCCUGCCACCAGGCCACCUCGACCCGGACAACGAGAUCGUCACCCUGCGAGUGUACGCCAACCCCUUCGACCAAGACAGGCCUGUAUUCUCCCUCCUCCGCAUCCACCGCACCGAUCCCUUUGGCCCAUACCUCAAAGCCUAUUGUGAACAGCGCGGCAAAAUAUUCCGCCAGCACUGGUCCUUCGCGUACCUCCACGACUUCACUAUGGACAACCCGCACCACUCCCGCACCACACUGACGUGGAACAUGACGCCCAACACUGUUGCCCCCGGCAUCGCCAUGCGCAACGUCGACUCCAUCUACAUCAUCCCCGCGCCCCACGUCUCCACGGCCCGCGUCCAGCUGCCCUACUACACCACCGCCGACUUCGUCCCAGGUGAAUCGGCCGUCCGCCAGCGCUCGGAGGCCACGCAGCAGUGCACGCACGAACGCACGGCAGCCAGCGGGGGGCAGGACGCUGAGAUCGAGAGCCUGCGGGGCCAGCUCGCGGGGCUGGAUGCUCGGGGUCAGCGCGAUGGAGGUGUUUUCGAUGGUGCCCAGAUGAGUGUGGCGGGCGGGGAUGAUGAGACGGAGGGAGACGAGGAGAUGCAAGAGGAGUACGAGGAGAUGCAGGAGGACUACGUGCGCAUGUUUGGCAUGGAUACCUGAUACCGUGGUGGAUUAGAAGAAGUAUCGACUACGAACAUUGCAUAUGCAAUCGCCAGUUGCCCGAGAAUGAAGAGAGGAGGAAACGUGAGAGACGGAUAGAUACAAUGACAACAAAUUCCAAAAUGCAAACCACAUGUACAGAAAGAACCCAUUACAACUUUCCUACCGUCGUCGUGUCGCUUCUGUGAAGUGGCUUGGUUCGGCGCGCGAUCCCAUCGCCAUUGAAGAUGAGCCUCCACUCCGAGUGGCCAAAAAGCCCACCUGCGAUGCUGUCGAGCUAGAGGUUGCUGUGAGCGUCACACCAAUGGCAUCAUAGCCAGGCAUUCCGAGCAUGUAGCCUCCACAAAUCCCAAACGCUUGUCCACGGACACC